AUGGGAAUUAAUGCAGCUGAGGAAUAUAUAAACCACAGAAAAGCAUUAAGCAAAAGACUACAGAGCUUGGCGACAAGGCCUCCUAAAACACUUUUUAAAGAUAUUUUUCAUAGGCUGCGAUUUAAAGAUUAUAGCGAGCUUGAUGAAAACAUCAUAUCAUUAUCAGCAAAUUCAGACACUCCUCAAAAAAAGCUGAAUUUUGAAAACCAAGAUAUUCAAAUUGACAAUUAG